AAUCUAUAUUGAGAUCAUAUAUACUAGCUACACAUUAUCAAUUAUAUAUUUUAGUAAAUUUGAAAUAGGUAUGUCACAUUUAUUUUGUGCCCACUGACAAUUUGGCAAAGCCUAAUAUAUGAUAGUUUUCAGUAUGUACUUGUUUUCAGAUUAUUAAAGGAAUUCAAAGAUGCCAAUAUUAAUACAAUGUUUGCCAUAGAGAAAGCUCUAAAAGAAGAGUUGUUGAAGCCAUCAGCUCCUGAGGAGUCUGCCGUUAGAAAUAGAAAGAAGACACUUGACAGGGAUGGAUUGCUCAAAAUGUCCACAGGAGUGACAGAACAGUUAAUGUCCAUAAGUCGGCAACUAGCUGAUACAACACAGAGGAGUCAAAUCACAUUGGACAGCUUAGUUUCUUCAAGUUCAACUGUACAUGGGACACAAUCAGAGCUUCGAAAUACAGCAAGUUCUAUUUCUCAGUCGAGCAAAUUAUUAACUAAAUAUGGACGUCGGGAGUUCACAGAUAAAAUAAUAAUGUUUUUUGCAUUCCUCUUCUUUUUAGCAGUUUGUUUAUACAUUGUUCAAAAAAGGCUCUUUUAA